GGUAAACUCUAAACCUUGCGCAGGCGCGUUAGGUCCUAGUCGCUAUGCGUGUGCUUCUGGGUGGUGGGACAGGCUUCAUUGGGACAGCCCUAACCAAGUUGCUGAAUGCCAGGGGCCACGAAGUGACGUUCGUCUCCCGACAGCCCGGGCCCGGCCGGAUCACGUGGGAUGAACUCUCUACUUCCGGGCUGCCGAGCUGCGAUGCCGCCAUCAACCUGGCCGGAGAGAACAUCCUCAACCCUCUCCGAAGAUGGAAUGAAACUUUCCGGAAAGAGGUUCUCAGCAGCCGCCUGGAGACCACCGAAUUGCUGGCUAAAGCCAUCACCAAAGCCCCACAACCUCCCAAGGUGUGGGUCUUAGUCACAGGUGUAGCUUACUACCAGCCCAGUCUGACUGCAGAGUAUGAUGAAGACAGCCCAGGAGGGGACUUUGACUUUUUCUCCAACCUUGUAACCAAAUGGGAAGCUGCAGCCAGGCUUCCUGGAGAUUCUACACGCCAGGUGGUGGUACGCUCAGGGGUUGUGCUGGGCCGUGGGGGUGGUGCCAUCGGCCACAUGCUGCUGCCCUUUCGCCUGGGCCUCGGGGGCCCCAUCGGCUCAGGCCAACAGUUCUUCCCCUGGAUACACAUCCGGGACCUGGCAGGAAUCCUGACCCAUGCUCUUGAAGCAAACCACGUGCAUGGGGUCCUGAAUGGAGUGGCUCCAUCCUCCGCCACUAAUGCUGAGUUUGCCCAGGCCUUGGGUGCUGCCCUGGGCCGCCCAGCCUUUAUCCCUCUCCCCAGCACUGUGGUGCAAGCUGUCUUUGGGCGAGAGCGUGCCAUCAUGCUGCUGGAGGGCCAGAAGGUGACCCCACGGCGAACACUAGCCACUGGCUACCAGUAUUCCUUCCCAGAGCUAGGGGCUGCCUUGAAGGAAGUCAUAGCCUAAGUAGGUCACAGCAAGGGCCUGAGGCCUGUCCCUCACAGGCUUCCAGGUUAGACACUGUGAAAAGGCUCAGCUCCUCUAGAGAGCUGAAGCCAACUGGUUCCUAGAUUCUUUCCCCAGUCCUCUUCCUUCCCAUUGUUCUGUUGCUCCACUUUAUUGUCUCAAGACUGUAAUCUCAUCAGGUUGGGACCUUAAUCUUUUCAACUCAUUGUAAUAUUUCUCAGUUUGGUUUCUCUGUAUGUCCUGCUGCUGCCCCACUUCUCCUUUAUGCUGUGCAGAGAAUGCUCUGCAGUUUAGGCAAUAAAUUAUCUCACUAACCUUG